UGCCGCUCUCUGGGCUUUCUCAAGUGAGAAAACUUCAUGGUUUCUUCCUCGUUGUCUCCAGCGCUUUGGGUGACAUCACAUCAGUGGAGUUUCCCCUGUACUUCUGUUUAAAUGAACUUGCUCGCAGCAGAGGAAGCAGAACACCGGCAUCGGCCGACAUACACAGACACACCACACCACCGCUCAACUGAUAAGCAAGAAUACGGUCUGAGAGCAGAGUGGAGAUUACUACAGCAACUUUUAGAGCAAUUUCAACAGCAACUUACAACCUUCAAACAAUACAGAAGACCCGGCCUUGGACUACUUUUCUCGAAGGAACUACCUACUCAAGAUCUCUACAAUGACCAGUCAAAAUCAAGUCAUUUUAGAUGUGGACCCAGCCCAGGUGAUUGUCAGCAGAACAAAGGCUUCUACAGCAUGGUCGAGCAGAUGGAAGCUGUGUAUGGCUCUUCUGGCUAUAGCUGUGUGCGCUGCUGGUGCUGUCUUCUUUACCUUCAACAAGACCAAUAACAAGCCAGACAGUACUGAUGAUAUCAGACACACACUAAGGCAAGUGUCCAACAGUGCAACAGGUGCCAUUCACUUGUCAGGUCACUACAACCCAAAUGUGUCCAACACAUCUGUGGAGUGGACGGAUAGCGAGGACCAGUCGUUCAGCAGUGGAGGCCUGGUGCUAAAGAACAACGAAAUCCACAUCCCACACAAUGGCCUUUACUUCGUCUACAGCCAAGCGUCCUACAGGGUCAACUGCAACUUGAAGACAGGUGAAAGCGAAGAUGAGUCGGCUGUGCACCUGAGUCACAUGGUGUCCCGCUGGUCCAACUCAUACCCCAAAUACCAGCCUCUGCUGAGCACCGUGAGAACAGCCUGCAGGAAAAUCCACUCCAGUGAAGACUCCGGGGAGCAGUGGUUCAGCGCCGUCUACGUUGGAGCCAUCUUUAAGCUGGAGGCUGGAGACCGACUCUGCACAGACAUGGACUCCAAAAUGCUGCCAGAAGUGGAGACUGAGAGUGGGAAGACAUUUUUUGGCGUGUUUUCUUUGUGAGGGUGGACUGGACUGGACUGGACUGGAGAAUGGACUGAAAAGAUGAUAAAAAACCAAGUGCCUUUUUUAUGGUACCCCUGUGAACUGGAGUUUUCAGUCAUUAUAUGUACACUAUUCCCUUAGUGACAUUAGACAGUGUAACUUACUACCUGUCUUUACAGAAUAAGGAAAUGUUCAGAGUAUAUUUGUUUUAUAUUAAAACAAAUAUUAUAUAUUAUAUACAUUAUAUUAUAUACAUGAUUAUAUACAUGACAAGUGUGUGUGUGUGUGUGUAUGUGU